AUGGUACCCAGCAAAAGCAGGCUGUUAGCACUCAAUCCCUUCCUGGACAGUGAAGGAAUUAUUCGAGUAGGAGGACGUUUACAAAAUGCUCCGUAUAUAUACGACAAAAAACACCCGAUUCUUUUGCCUAAAUCGAAUUACGUAACAAGACUCAUCAUCAGAUACUAUCAUAAUAUCACUUACCACGGUGGCAUCCAAGCAACUUUGUACGCGCUUCGCCAACACUUUUGGAUCAUUGACGGUCGAAGUCAAGUUCGAUAUGUUCUUCGUCUUUGCGUAAAUUGCACGCGCUUUAAUCCGCCAAAAGUUGAUUAUAUUAUUGGCAAUCUGCCUGAAGUAAGGACUCAACAAGUUCGUCCUUUUACAAACGUUGGCGUCGAUUACUGUGGCCCAUUCUUUAUCAAAGAAAAGAAAAACAGGAAUCGCAACAAAAUCAAGGUCUAUGUGGCGGUUUUCAUCUGUUUAUCUAUAAAAGCCAUUCAUUUAGAAAUCGUCAGUGAUCUCACCACUGAAGGUUUCAUAGCAGCUUUAAAACGAUUCAUUGCCAGAAGAGGACUUUGUGAAUCUGUCCAUUCGGACAACGCUACAAACUUUGUUGGCGCAAACAAGGAGCUGAAGCAAACGCUAGCUCUAAUCAUGUCGGAAGAGCACAAUAAUAAAAUCCAGCGAUAUUUGUCCAAUCAAGGAAUCGCAUGGCGAUUUUCACCACCUCAUGCACCGCAUUUUGGAGGAAUAUGGGAAGCGGCGGUUAAGUCUUUCAAACAUCACUUGCGAAGAGUAGCUAUUCAAAGAACUACAGAAGACGAUUUUAAUUCAUAA